UGAAUUUGAAAGCUCGCCGAAGCGGUUCGGUUCAGUUGCGUCGUCGCGAGUGCGCCAAGAAAUAGCGAAAAAUUCAAAGACUUGAGUGGGGAGGCCAAACCGAGUGGGUAGCCGCCAUGUUGCCGCUGCAGGAGUCGCAGUCCUCGAGCUGGCAGCUGGAGGACUACGCGUUCUUCCGCAAGUGCGGCGAAAUCACCGCCUCGCCGGACGUCCAGAGCUUCGGCUUCAACUGCGCCUUCUGCCCGGCGAUCUGCCUGCAGUUCUCCGUCUUCAUGGACCACAUCCGGGUGCAGCACACCCAGGACAUGAGGCGGCGCUACGAGGCGGGGGAGGGGACGCGCAGCCAGCAGCAGACGCAGACCGAUCUGGUGAUAAUGGAGCUCGACUGCCCCGAGAUAUAUCCGCCGGAGGAGGGUCAGGGUAAAUCCAGCUGGGAGACGGACAUGGAUAUCCAGCUAAUGAGCCUCGUUCCGACGACUCCCGCACUGCAAGCACCACCUGAAUCACCCGAAAUAGAUUUGGUCUAUGUGGUGGAAAAUCCAUUGCCACCCUCGCCGCCGCCCUCGGCGGACAUUUCGGGCGACGAGCUGGCCGGGAACUGUCUGCAGUCCUACGACCUGGAUCCCUUUGCCGUGCUGCACGAGGUGGUAGCGAUGACUCCGCCCACACCCAUUGCUCCACCACCACCGGUAACAGCGACUCCGCUUCCACUGCCGCGCUACGAGACACGACGCGUGGCAUUGCAGCGCAAGCUUCGCCAGGCGGAAAACAAGAAUGCAAAAGAUGAGGAGGAGGUGGAGAUGGAGGAGAAGGAGGUGGAGCAGGUGGAGGUUGAGAUGGAGGUGGACGAGAAGAGUGGGCAGCCGGAAAAGAACGUGCUGGAACUCACGCCCCCAGCCACGCCCCCUACUCCAAUGCCGGCGACCUCGCCUUCGAGCACCACUGGGAGCUGCGUGGAUUUCCAAUCGAAAUCUCGUCGGGAGCUGGAGCGAAAUCGUGAGUUUGUUGGCGCCCUGUUGGCGGAAUACGAGCGCACGGAGAAGUUGUGGAAUCCUCGCCACCCGGACUACAAGUACAAUGCCAAGCGGAGUGUCUACGCGGAACUGGCUGAUCCUCUGGAGGCCAUCUGCCACCAGCGGCUGACCGGAGCCGAGAUCUUUGCCGUGUUGAAGGAGUUAAGGGGCAGAUACCGCCGCGAGCUGAGUAAACUGAAAGCCCUUGGUGGAAAGUUCAAGUCGCGUUUGUGGUACUUUGAUAGGAUGCACUUUCUCAAGAACGUUAUCGAAAACAAACGAGCUGAGCGGGAAGCCAAGAUCUCCAAUGAGAGCACCGAGAGCGAAAAGUCCUGCGAAACGGAAGCAGAGUGCAAGUUAACAUUGUAUCAUGAGGUACUUCGCUUCAUUCUGGACUGCUUCAAGCGACUGGAGUGCCUGUGGAAUCCGCAGCACUGCGACUACUCCAGCUGCUGCAAGAAGGAGCUCUUCCGGGACAUCUCCGCCCAGCUGCGGGAGGAACUCAACUACGAGCUGAGCGGCGAGGAGUGUUUGAAGGAGAUCCAGAAGCUGAGGACGCGAUACCGCAAGGAGCUGCGCAUGGUGAUUAAGCACAAGGGUCUGUACCUACCCAAAUUGUGGUGUUACGAUGAAAUGGAAUUUCUGCAGCCCAUUCUGCAGGAGCAAAUCUUCACUAAGAUCAGCAAGAAAGUUGGAGUGGUGGGGACCAGUCAGAAGACCAAGUUCGUUGAUGCCAGCUCUUUUAAGUUCGACACUUCUGAAGAUCAACUGCAGUUCGUAGAGAUCUACCGCAACUACUCGGCUCUGUGGGAUGUGGACCAUCCCGAUUUUCGAUCGAAUGCUUAUCGUGGUCAGGCCUUGAAUCAAAUGUUGGAUGAGAUAAACACCACUUUCCGCACAUUCUACACCGCUGAGCAGUUGGAGAAGACCUUGUUUGAUCUGCGUAAAGAUUUCUCGGCGCAGAAACGAAAGAUUCUCACCGAGUCCGGGGACUCCAGCAGUAUUCCCUUGCUGCACGCCAAGCUGUCCGAGUUCCUGGACCAAAACCUCGGUCCUUUUCGUUGCGAUCUUUGCUCGGAGCUCGUCAAGACCUGUGAUCAGUACAAGAUGCACCGAUCGGCACACGAUGGAACCCAGCCCUUUAUCUGCACGCUGUGCGGAAAGGGCUUCCAGAUGCCCUGCAACCUGACGGUGCAUAUCAGACGGCAUCGGAGGGAUUUCCCUUAUGCCUGCGAGCAGUGCGACAAGCGAUUCGCCACAUCCACCGAGGUGGCCAUCCAUUUGCGCACGCACACUGGAGAGCGGCCCUACAUCUGCGAUCUGUGCGGCAAAUCCUUCAAGACGUGGUCCUUCUUCGAUAUUCACCGGCGACGGCAUCUCAACCAGUCGACAUUCCACUGCCCGAUCUGUGCGAAGGGAUUCUACGAGAAGAAUCGCUUCACCGAUCACAUGAACUCCCACUGGGCGAUCCGCAAGCACCUGUGCACGGUGUGCGGCAAGACCUUCACCACCUACGGCAACCUCAAGAAGCACGCGGAGCUGCAUCUGGCGGUCAAGAAGUACAAGUGCAGCCCGUGCGGCAAGCGAUUCGCCCAAUUCGCCAGUCUGCGAUGGCACAAGAAGAGGGAGCACAGCACCGAGGGGCAAACGGACGACAAGUAGAACCUCCA